CAAGGAGUUUACUCUGAGCUUUCUCAAAAUCAGCAGAGUGAUUUAAGAACCAUACUUAGUGGUUUAUUGACUCUGGAACGUAAAUCACUAUUCUUGCGAAUGGCGAAAGUCUUUUUGUCCGAUAUACUAGUCGGAAUAGAGUUAACUAAAGAAAGAAUAGCCAGUUUAGAACAAGAAAAUUGA